AAGGGUAGCUAAGUUACCUAUUAUGCCUACACUGACAACAACUGACAUUAUAAUACCGGAACAGAUGAAUAUAAAAUAAAACUAACAUACUGCAUGACUAGACUGGCAGCCCCAGAAUUAUACUUCCUGGUCUACGGUUGUCAAUACGGCUGAAUAACUCACUUUAUCUCAGAUCGAUACAAAAGGUUUCGGUACUUACCUGGCUAUUUAUUAUGGAAUAGAAAGGAAACCUCGACCAGACGUGCGCCUUUGGUGACAAAGUUUAUGUUGACUGAAAGAAAGACUACAAUGUAAACAGAUGACACCAUGACGAUCGUGUAUUACAACCCAUCAACCAAAGGUAGAUCCACCAGGAUAGUGCACGCUCUUUUGGUAUGCACAACAUUAGCCAAGGGUGUAGGCGUGGCGUACAUAGUGACCGUGUCCCUAAUGUGGGGACGCGAGGGCGUGCUGGACCAAGGGACGAAGCUGGUCUUUAACCAGUUUUCAAUCUUUGGACUCCCCAUGGGAGACCUUUCCGAAGGUGUGACCUUUACUAUAUUUGUAAUGUUACCUCUCCAUUCCAUCUUCGGAGUCCUCGGACUGCUAGGUGUACUAUGCAGGAACAAACUUCUCGUCUUACUGUAUACCGGUUUCCUUACACUUGUCCUCAUUACUGACAUCGGGUUACUUGUGUUUACCUCUAUUCUACUCAACGGGUUAACGACUUGGAUUACGGAAAGUUUUAUAACCUCCUACUCAUAUUACAAUACAAUUUGGAUCAACCCUGACCUUCAAGCAGCCUGGAACGCUUUAUUUGUAAAGAUGGAAUGUUGCGGGGUGACAGGUUCGAACAACUUCUGUUCUGGUAUUCCCUACACAGUCGGAUGCUGGCACAAGUACUACAGCCCUAUGACUGGCUACUUAUGGUCACUCUUCGCACUAUUUAUUGGCAGUAUCAUACUAGAUGUUGUAGGUAUCGUGAUCUCCGAAUUGGCUUACCAGCGUCUGGACAGUAAACCCAAGUGCACGUCCGGCAUGUAUCGACAGUUCGCCAAAUUUGUUUUAAGAUCUUGGAAAAUGAACAAAGGCAAAGUCAUCUUCGCCAUAAUAACAGUCAUAGAUACGAUGGCUGGGCUUGGCCUGAUUGUCGCUGGAGUUGUUACGCUACGGAGUGACUUUGUUUCGAACAGCUAUCUCACUCCCCUGUUUGGAAAUCUACGCUUCUACAACAUGUACCUUCCUGACCUGAUGCUUGGGCUGGGUAUAACUAUGAUUACCACUGGCGUUUUCAACACAGGAACUUGUUCUCUAGCAUUAAACAUCAUUUGUUUCAAAACGAAAUCAAAGAUUAAUGUUGCCCGACUCCUUUAUUUCACUAUGAUUGUGGUUAACAUAACAGCGUUGGUCUUCUGGUCCAUUAUGUUGUACGGAGUACGUGCUUUGAUGGAGUUUCAGCUUUAUAAAGAAUUUUUGGGGUACGAUAGUACCUAUGACAGCGGAGAUUAUUACACAAAUUCAUGGAGAGCCCUUUUUGUCACUUUUAAAUGCUGUAGGAUCUAUGGCCUGUGGUUUACCAGUAUGCCAUUAAGUGCUGGAGUACCAGAGCAGUGUCUAUACGAAAGAACCCCUGUCAACUCUAACUUAAACUACGUUGGAGUCACAGUGGCAACAGGCGAUAUCGUUCAAGAGGUUUGCCAGGAGAAAUUGGCGGACGAAAUCUACAAAUAUCAGGUGGCUGUGGCUGUUCUGUUCGGGAUAGCUAUUCUUUCUAAAGUCUAUGCAAUAGGAUACCUGUUCACCAAGGACAAUCAGACAGGUGAUGGAAUGCCGUUCUCUGUCACUCUUAACCAACUGAGAAGGAAGAAGAAAGUAGUGGCAUUAGUCUGCGUUCUUGUAACAGGAUUUCUGGUUUCCUUGGGUAUCCUGAUAACGGGGGCUAUACUUAAGUUCGACAACGUAUUUGGCCACAAGGAUAUCCAACACCUAUUCGUCCAUGUAUAUGUAAGCGGGAGUAGCUUGUUCUUCUGGAUGCUUGCCUUAUCCAAUUACUUGGUAAUCAUGGGCUGUGUGACUUUCUUGCUGUUUGGAUUUGCUUGUUUGUCGGCAAUAUUUCGUCUACCAACAUUUUAUAUAAUGACCUUGAUUGGCUUCCUUGUAUCUGUUGUCGUCAAAAUCCUCGCCAUAUGUGUUUGGAUCAAAGUGAGGAUAGAGAUUGAUUGGCAUCUAGGGAAUGAAAUGUUGUCAGCUUUACGGAACUAUUACAAAACAGAUAAUUCAGACAACAGUCUUUAUUACAGUGACACCAAUCUAGGUUUUAACUUUCUUUUUUAUGAAGGGGAUUGUUGUGGCAUCAAUUCAAUUGAAGAUUUAAGAUCUUUCACCUGGGCAUCAAGCUUUACAUAUCCGUCAAACCCGGUAACGUGUCAUUUGACGAUCGAUACUGUGAGAUGGUAUACAAACAGAGAAGUAUCGACGUUCAAAAACACUGUCUACACUGACGGAUGUGGUGGUGUGGUGAAGGACUCCAUACACAAAUAUGACGUCACAGGUAUUGUCCUAUUGUUGCUGGCCCUUAUGCUGGAGAUAACAACGAUGGUGUUGCUGGACCGACGGUACAAACGGACAGUAUCACCUGAUCAAAUGAGAGGUGCUUUCUCUACAUUUAUACACCACGUUAAAGGAAACAGAGUAAAUUCGAGGAGCGGCCUGCCUGGCCUAACUGCCAAAAUAUUAGCAUUUGUCAGUCUCACUGCUUUCCUGAUGUUUGCAGAAAUACUUCUGUGGAUUGGUGUACUGUUAGGGACAUUUGCACCAGGCUACCUGAAAAAUGGAUUCUUUGACAAUCUCAACAUUGCCGAGGAAAACUUUAACGAUAAACCACCACACCUGGGUUACCUCAUAUAUGGGUUUCUCAUCGCUGUGUUUGUCAUGGAGCUUGUGUUUGUUUUUAUACACGUUCUCACCAUAUUCGCUAUCAGAGCACUUCAAAAAGGGUAUAUCCAUAUGUCCGCUGUUUUGCUGGCUCUUAUGAUAUUAUGUGACAUAGUGACCCUUUCCAUUGCGUCAGUUCUGCUUGAUAAGGCGGGGUACAACUGUAAAGGAUACUUUGGUUCGUCGACUUUUUGUGAUGUCAAUGCCUGGACAGUAUUCCCCAUGACUGGAGUGUUUAUUGGAUUUAAUGUCGUGCAUAUUCUAAUCCUCUGUAUAUUAAUUGGCUUGGGGCUACACGUCAGUAAGAGUGCUCUGUCCAUUACGUUAGUAGUACCAGUAGAAGAACUUUCUGGACUGGAUGAUGUAUCACAUUCUCAGUCGAUCAGCACGUCGGUGGCGAACACCAAUAGUCGACGGACUUCUAUAAAUAGAUAUGACCGUCGUACAUCCAACAUUCAAUCUAAUAAACGUCCAUUGUCGAUUGUAACUACAUCCAAUGUCUCCAAUGAAAGCCACAAAUUUAAAACUGUAAGCAUAACAGACCAACGGACAUCUUUAGAUGAGCCGACCACAGACCGGCGAACAUCUGUAGCUGAAUCAACCACAGACCGGGAAACAUCUGUAGCUGAAUCAACCACAGACCGGCGAACAUCUGUAGCUGAAUCAACCACAGACCGGCGAACAUCUGUAGCUGAAUCAACCACAGACCGGCGAACAUCUGUAGCUGAAUCAACCACAGACCGGGAAACAUCUGUAGCUGAAUCAACCACAGACCGGCGAACAUCUGUAGCUGAAUCAACCACAGACCGGCGAACAUCUGUAGCUGAACCAACCACAGACCGGCGAACAUCUGUAGCUGAACCGACCACAGACCGGCGAACAUCAGUAACUGAACCAACCACAGACCGGCGAACAUCUGUAGCUGAAUCAACCACAGACCGGCGAACAUCUGUAGCUGAACCAACCACAGACCGGCGAACAUCUACAGAUGAGCCGACCAUAGACCGGCGAACAUCUAUAGCUGAAUCAACCACAGACCGGCGAACAUCUGUAGCUGAACCAACCACAGACCGGCGAACAUCUGUAGCUGAACCAACCACAGACAGGCGAACAUCUGUAGCUGAACCAACCACAGACCGGCGAAAAUCGGUAGCUGAACCAACCACAGACCAACGAACAUCUACAGAUGAGCCGACCACAGACCGGCGAACAUCAGUAACUGAACCAACCACAGACCGGCGAACAUCUGUAGCUGAACCAACCACAGACCGGCGAUCAUCUGUAGCUGAACCAACCACAGACAGGCAAACAUCUGUAGCUGAACCAACCACAGACCGGCGAUCAUCUGUAGCUGAACCAACCACAGACAGGCAAACAUCUGUAGCUGAACCAACCACAGACAGGCAAACAUCUGUAGCUGAACCGACCACAGACCGGCGAACAUCUGUAGCUGAAUCAACCAUAGAUUAACAAACAUCUCUAGCUGAGCUGACAACAGACCAGAGAAUAUCUAUAGCUGAACCAACAACAGAGCAACGAACAUCUUCAGCUGAGCCGACAACAGACCAGAGAAUAUCUAUAGCCGAAUCUGCCGCAGACCACCGACCAUUGGUUACCUCCAUUACUAAAUCGGUUGGGGCCCGACCCGUAGUGUCUUCUGACAAUGAUCUGGAAACAUAAUAUUGAUGACGUCAGUUUAUUUAUAUCAUGAUCAGAGUUUCGUUCAACAUUGUGUUAACUCAUUCCCUAGGAUCUGUAGUCACUUCUCUUUGGGGACUGAGUAAUUUUACAUUAUAAAGGCAACAUUCAAUAAGUAACACAAUUUAUUGAUAAGAAGGUACAUGGGGGUAAAGAUUGUCAUUUCGACGGAAAUUUUAGUCUGUUUAUGUGCUUUAUUCUUUUCCUGGCGUUUUAAAAAUUCUUUUUGUAAAGAUACAUGCAGAGCUAAUGUGAUAC